CGCGUGGACCUCGAGCCCGUCGAGGGCGCGUCGCACGCGUUCGUGGACUGGCGCGCCGAUUCUCGCGGCGUCGUGUCCGCCGUGAAGAACCAGGGCCAGUGCGGGAGCUGCUGGGCGUUCUCCGCGACGGAGCAGGUCGAGAGUCAGCUCGUUUUGGCGGGCGCGCCCCAGGUCGAGCUCUCCACGCAGCAGGUCGCGUCCUGCACGGCGGACCCGCAACUCAUGUGCUGCGACGGCUGCGCCGGCGGCGACCCGACGGCCGCCUACGAGUACCUCGCCUGGGCCUCGCGGAAGGGCGGUUUAGCUCCCGACGCGUGGUGGCCCUACGAGCAGGGCCUGACGCCCGACGAGGUCUGCGAGGCCCCGGCCUGCACGAAGACCUGCGACAAGGACGACACGGACCAGCUCGCCGCGCGCCUCGAGGCGUCGCCGCUGAGCGUGUGCCUCAACGCGGGCGCCUGGGACGACUACACGGGCGGCGUCCUCUCGGAGGCCGCGUGCGGCGGCCACGGCGCGGACGACGUCGACCACUGCGUCCAGCUCGUCGGCUACAACAAAACGGAGCCGGAGAACAGCUACUGGAUCGUGCGCAACUCCUGGUCCACGAGCUGGGGCGAGGACGGCUACAUCUACCUGUCCAUGGACGGCAACGCGUGCGGCGUCGCCAACGAGGCGACGCUCGCCGUCGUC